AUGUGCGGCGAUACCAACCGACCCACCUUCGGAGGCACGAUUGCAGUGUUAUUCCCACAAGAUAACCGCCUGUCUGCUGAGCGAUCACUAUCUUCGUCCCCAGAAUCGGUCAUAUCUCAGUCAACUUCCUCAUCAACUUCCUCUCUUUCUUCAUACUCGCUGUUCUUCCGCGACACCAGCGAUCGAAAGACCAAAGCCGUCUUCCGCAUCGAAGACCUGGAGACCUAUCAAGCUCUGAAUAGCUGUGACAGUUUGGAUAUACGCAUAGAAAAAUAUGGAGACCUCUCCACAUCAAGCUCUUCCAUAGCUCCUCUCCAUCAGUUUCUACUAGAUCUGUCCCAAAAUAAGCAUCUGAAGCCAGACCAUCAACCGACGGAAAUGGAGUUCGACUUGCCCGAACAGCUGGACCUGGGAGUAUCGGAAAAAGGUGUUGUGGGAAGACAGGUUACGGUGCGCGAGUCCCAAGGAUCCAUCCUGGGAAUAGGAAUAGUUGGCUACAACUGA